UCAAUACGACUGUCGACGCAGUCUAGGUGAAGUGUUAAGGAAAACAAAAAAAAAAAGAAAAUGUUUUUUAAAAUCGCUUUGAGCGUUCUGUUCUGCAGCAUUGCUUUGGCCAGUGGGGAGACCUACGAGGGCUACAAAAUCUAUGACAUCCAGGCCGAUAAUGUUUUCGAAAAGGAAAUCUUGUUGCGUCUUUCUGCCAAUGAGGCCUAUGACUUCUUUGAUUUGCCCCGGGUCAUGGGCAAGCCCGCCCGUGCCAUGAUCCAACCCGAGGAUCAAGUUGAUUUCGAAACCACUUUGACCAGAUUCGGUCUCACCUUUGAGGUCAUCAAUGAAAAUGUUGCCCAAAGCAUUGCCGAGGAGACAGAACAACAAAACUAUGUGCGUUCCGCUGCCGACACCAAUGGUCGCAUCAGCUUUGCCGCCUUCCAACGUUUCAGUGCCAUCAAUGCCUACCUCGAUGAGUUGGCUGCUGCCUAUCCCAACCGUGUUACCGUCAAGACCCUUGGCCAGUCCUAUGAAAAGCGUGCCAUGAAGGCCAUUACCAUCACCAAUGGCGAUGGCAAGGCCAACAAGAAGGUCAUCCUUAUGGAUGCUGGUAUUCAUGCCCGUGAAUGGAUUGCCCCUGCUGGUGCCUUGUAUGUCAUCCACCAAUUGGUGGAGAAGUUCUCUGCCAACUCGCACUUGUUGAAGGACUACGAUUGGGUUAUUUUGCCCGUUGUCAAUCCCGAUGGCUAUGAAUACACUCACACCUCUUCUCGCAUGUGGCGCAAGACCCGUCAGCCUGUCUCCAGCUCUUGCUAUGGCACCGAUGGCAACCGCAACUUUGAUUUCCAUUGGGGUGAAGUGGGUGCUUCCAGCUUGUCCUGUGCCGAUACCUUCAGAGGACCCACCGCCUUCUCUGAGCCCGAAACUAAAUUGCUUCGCGAUUUGAUGCACUCCUUGAGUGGCCGCGCAAAGAUGUAUUUGACCUUGCACUCUUAUGGCAACUAUUUGUUGUAUCCUUGGGGUUAUACUUCCGCUCUUCCCGCCACUGUCAAGGAUUUGGAUGAAGUUGCCCAAGCUGGCGCUGCUGCCAUCAGAUCUGCCACCGGCACCCGCUACACCGUAGGCUCCUCCACCAAUGUCUUGUAUGCCGCCGCUGGUGGCAGCGAUGAUUACGCUUUUGCCAAGGCCAACAUUCCCAUUUCCAUUACCAUGGAAUUGCCGGCUGGUGGCAGCGGUUUCGAUCCCAAACCUGCUCAAAUCGACCCCUUCGUCUCCGAAACCUGGAUCGGUAUUAAGGCUAUGGCUGAGAAGGUCAUUGCCAAGUAUUAGAUUGUAAGUUAAUUAAACGAAACGAUGCAAUAAACUGAGAUUGUAGACU